AUGCCAUCUGACAAAGCUACUCAGCUUGCCUAUCUAGAUUCUCAUGAGUCGCAACAUCAUAGAGUCUAUGGCAGAAAAGACUGGAUUGAGGCUGCCCUUGCAAGGAUUGGAUACGAUUUCAACAUGCUGCAGCUGGAGAGAAAUAACAUGACAAGCAUACUGCAGCUUUUCGAACGAGACAAGGUCGACCUGGAAGACUGCAUUCAACAUAUGAAAGAUGCAGCAAGACAACGGAAUGAGAGAUUGUCCCACCAAAUUGAGGAUCUUGAGGUGCGAUUCGCUGUGAGAGAAUACAAGUGA